AUGGCAGGCGCUAUAGAAUUUCCAGACCUCAACAAAAUUAACUUUAAAACUUUAAUGAAUGGAAUGAUACUCAAUGGCUCAAAUUGGGUACAAUUUAGAAAUCAUUUCGAACAUGCAAUACAAGUAUAUGUACCACUGGACUUAUUAACAACAGGAUACUUUACUGGAAACUACAAUAAUGGAUAUAAUAGAAUAGCAUUAAAUAAUAUAGCAGGACUUAUAGCAGGAAACGCAGCAGAUGCAGGAGCAUAUAAUGUAGUAUUUUUAAAGAACCUAAUACACAAAUUGGCGAUAUCAUGCUUUGAUUACGACAGAUACAUAUUAUAUGAAACACAUAAAAAUGAAUUGACAACAUACUUCCCAAGUGACUUCAAUAGAGGAGCACGAAGAAGAAGGCAUGAAUGGGAAUCAGUACAAGAUAACCCAACAACAAUCUUGUUAGACAAAACCAAUUUCCCUGAAGAAAUGAACAUGUACUUCCAAGCAGCACAUACUGGAGGAAUAGGACAAGGAAACUUAACAUGUGCAGAUACGGAUGGAAUGUCAAGACAAAUAUCAUUCAGAUUAUGGUUUGAUAAAGUAUUUAUAACACCAAAAAUGAUUAAAGAAAAACAGAAAUUGUUCAACAAAAUGAAAUUUGAACCAAGAUAUUUAAUUGAAAUAGAUGAAGCAGCAAACUUCCAAACCAAAUUUAACCGCGACUUAGCAUUAUGUAGAAACAACACAUCAUUCUUAGGAGGAUUACAAAUAUUAUUAGAAGGAAUGUUACCAAAUGGACGACAUGAACUGGAAGACUACAAAAGCCAGAUGAACUUAAUUAACAAUGAAAUCACGGAUACACCCGCAUUCUUUACAGCACUAUCAAGGGUGUAUGAUUAUUAUAAAUCAGGAAAAGUAGGAGAAUAUUUCAGAAACCAAUCAGAAAAGAAACAAACAAACUUCCUAAAUAAACAAAGAGAAUUCUAUGAUAAUGAAAAGAAGAAAAAAGAAAAUAGAUUCAAAAAGAAUGAAUUCGCAAUAGUAUCUCUCAGAAACAUGAAAUGUUAUAAUUGCGGAAGAAAAGGACAUCUUAUGAGUGACUGCAGAUCAAAGAAACAAGAUAAAGGAUAUAACAAAGGAAAGAAAUUCUCAAAAGAAAGGUUCUCAAAAGAUAGAAGCAGAAAAGAAUUUAACAAGAAAGGAAAUGGAUAUACGGACAAAAAAGGAAGAACAUGGAAAUCCAGAGAAGACUACAAGAAAUGGAAAGAAUCAAAGAAAAGAAAAGACUCAUCCAAGCCUUAUAGAACCAAAGAAGAAGGAUUCAAGAAAUCAUCAUUUCGCCCAAAGGACUCAUCAGGACAAUACGAAAAGAAAUAUAAACCAUUUAAUAAAGAAAAAUAUAAGGAUAAGAAAAUGUGGUGUGAUCAUUGUAAAACAGAUACACAUUUUACCAAUAGCUGUUACAAAUAUCGAAAAGACGUAGAAGAAAUAGAAGACCCAAUGGUAUUCAACCUUGAAAAAUCAAGAGAGAAGGAAGAUUUUGAUGAAUAUAUCCGAUUCACAAAAUUUAGAGAACAAUACCAUCUUGAAAAUGAAUACUCGUCAAGUGAUGAAGAAUUACAAUUCUAUCAAGAACUUGAACAAUACGAAACAUCAAGCAAUUCAAGCGAUUCUGAUGAAUAUGAAAGUUAUAACCUUGAAAAGAAAAGCUCAGAAGAAUCAGAAAAUGAUUAUUAUUUCUAA